AUGGGAUGCAGGGAACAAAGGUUCCAUCUAGUGAGGAAUCUUGGUGCUAUCCAGAAGCAGGACACAGUCAUGAGAGAAGCCAUCCCAGCCAAGCUUCGCCUAGCUCUCACCCUGAGAUAUCUUGCCCCCGGCGAAGCGGAUGUCCAGGAGGCGGAGCAUGAGCAUAUCUUCAUGCACGGCCUCCUCAUGUACUGCAUAUUUCGUCCAGAUGUGAAGUACGUCUAUCCAUAUAUCCAGAGGAAGUGCAUUGGAUGA